GUAUGAAGCAGUGCCUGUUUUUUUGUGUAUGGAGGAUAUUUUUGCUUCAUCAUAGGGUAGCCGUGGCGAGACUAUAGGGUGGAGCUUACUUGCUGUGCUGCAGUAAGACAGUAAUCUUAUCCCUCACAGUUGUAACCUGGGGAGGGCAGGAGGGCCUUCAGCUGUCUGUAGCUCUUAUCGCCUCCUUGGUGCCAGCAGCUCUACUAGUUCAAAUCAUGUACAGUCUGCUAAAUUUCUAGUGAUGCUGCAGCUGUCAGUGAUACCACAGACCACCUUUCUGCUACAUAAAUCUCUGACAUUUAGUAUUCAAACGAAGCUACAGGGAAAAGAAGCGAGUGCUCGAGAAGGACAAGCACACUCUGCAUUCUCUCUCUACAGGAUUCUCUGCCUGAAAUGUGCACAAUGUCUUUUAAGAAGGAAACACCUCUUGCCAAUGCUCUUUUCUGGGCUGCCCAAAAAGGAAAUGUGGCGCUUCUGCAACUACUCCUAAACAGUGGCCGAGUGGAUGUGGACUGCAAAGACAGUGUAUGGACUCGGUACAUGCAUGUCAAGAACACUUGAAUUGCAUCCCCUUUCCCAUAAAUUACUGCGGCUGGCACUGCAGCACUCAUGGUAGCAUCAUAUGCUGGAAACAAGGACUGUGUACGAGAGCUGGUCCUGCAAGGAGCAGAUAUCAAUAUGCAAAGACAGUCAGGUUCGACUGCUCUGUUCUUCGCUGCCCAACGAGGAUAUUGUGAAAUUGCCAAGUACCUUUUAGGAUUUGGAGCUUCCACUGAGCUAAGAAACAAAGAUGGAGGUACAGCCCUCGCAGUCGCUUGUCAGCAUGGACAAGUCCAUAUGGUGGAAACCUUGGUGAAGAAUGGUGCUAACAUUCACGACGAACUUCAUGAUGGUGCUACAGCCCUUUUUUUAGCAGCCCAAGGAGGAUAUGUAGAUGUUGUUCGUUUACUACUGUCUCUGGGGGCAAAGGUCAACCAGCCAAGACAGGACGGAACCUCUCCAUUAUGGAUUGCAGCCCAGAUGGGACAUAGUGACGUGGUAAGAGUGUUACUGCUUCGUGGUGCAGACAGGGAUAUUACAUGGAAGGAUGGCUCCACGCCAACUUAUAAAGCUGCCAGUAAAGGUCACAAUGAGGUGCUAGAAGAACUACUCAAGUUUUCACCUUCACUUGCGGUUUUGAAGAAUGGAAGCACUCCUCUUCAUGCCGCAGUUCGGAGUGGGAACAUGAGGUCAGUGGCACUUCUCCUCGAAGCUGGAGCAGAUCCAACACUCAGGGAUAAGGAGAAUCGAAUACCAGCAGAGCUGACAAAAAAUGAGCGCAUUCUCAGACUCCUCCGAACCAAAGCAAUGUCAAAGAAAAGCUGAAAGUCCAAGUCAUGAGGCAAUAUGAAGUUCAAUAGGGGGAAAUUUCCUUUCUGGCAAAGAAGACCUUCGGUGCCGUGAAAGUCAAGGCUUUAUUUGAGAUUGUUCCUUGUCAAGCUGCUUUUACUUGUUGACUAGAGAUUACAUAUACACAAUUACUGUAUACACGUGAACAUACUGUGCCUGAGUACAGUUGAUAUCUGAGUCAGUGUGCUUGAGUUUUCUAUGUGCAUUGAAAUCUGCAAUAGAAGGAAUGCAAAAUGACAAGCCAUACAUUUGCACUUAUACAAGAUUGCUGCCUUUACCAAACACUUGCAAUAUUCUGCUCUGCUGAAUUUGGCAUUCAAGGGCAGAUUAGUAAAUGCAGACACUGUGUUAACAUAUUCACUCAGGCUUCCUGGUUUUGACAGUGCUGAAAAAAUGUUUUGAGUCAUGCUAAUGCCUUCUUAUAGUAAUAACUGAUUUUUAAACAGCAUCUAGUUGCAUCACUUUUUUAAAGAAAUACUCUCUUGCUAAAAAUAACCUUUCCUCACCAAAAUGUGCAAUACAGUAUGUCACAAUUGGGCAUGUGUGUAAGGCAUAAUGAAACGUGGUUCUGGAACUGCAGAAUACAGUGAAAUUAAAGUCCAGUAUUGUUUGUAGACUGCUAGGUAUUGUAUAUUUUGAGUUUGACUUUCAUCGGGCAUGUGUGAAAUACUAGAUACAUCAUGAUUUGUGACACUUGAGGGGUAUGCUUCUUCACAUAAGUGUGGAAAGAUUAUUACUCAAGCAUCUGACUUAGCAUUUGCUGCUGUUUAAAAAGGCCAUCACAUCAAAGACCAGUUAAAAACUACAAUGUAAAUUCUAAACAAAGUUGAUAAUAUGCUUCGAUUUUCUGUGUAUUUCAGUUCCCUAAUUAUUCAAAGCUAUAUCCAUUAAUAAAAGGUAGUUUAGGCUUU